GGAGGAAGGAACGGAGUCCUUGGCCACGUAUCGUACGAAAACAGUGUUUCACUGUGAUGAUUUUGCAAGUUUUGCAUCACAAGUUCGUUACACGUGACGAAGAAAACUUGCCAUGCGAGGAUGCCAAGGGAAAACACGGCUAAAAAUCACUUGUCUUGCAACAUGUGUAGCAACACAAACACUGCUGCGAUGCAUUUUCUGCAUUUUUACAAGUUUACAGUGAAGCAGUUUUUUCUUGCGAUACCACGCCCAGGGAGAUCAAAGACCCGUCGGAAAUGCUGGACGCGGAACUACAGAUGAACACAACAACCACGACAACUACCACGACCACCACUUCGACUUUGUCUUACCAGGAGAAGUUGGAACUCGCGUACCAG